GGGGGUUUGUCUUUAUACAGCCCGAGAGCAAAGUCCCCUUCUGAUAAGGGUCCGUAAACGGGCCGCUGUUUAUGGUGCCAGCCCCCCUCUCUGUCGCAACGCGCCGCGGAGUGGCCAAGAAGUUGCUGCCGCCGCUGCACAGACCGGACGAGCGGACCCACGCCGUGGCCAUGAGCGCAUCGUACUCCCUGUCGGGUGGAGGGGGCGAGGCGGAGACCCGGGCGAAGGAGUCCUUCAAGUUCGUGCCAGAGAAGACGGCAGCACACGGCCCGGCUCACCCGGCCGACGCCCGGCCCUCCUGCUGUCUGAGUGUGAGCCAGGUGUCCUACACCGUCAGUGAACGUGUGGGACCAUGGUGGGAUCUCCCCUCCUACAGGAAGAGAUGGACACGACAGAUCCUCAGAGACGUGUCCUUCCACGUGGACAGUGGCCAGAUCAUGGGAAUUCUGGGAAAUUCAGGAUCGGGGAAGACCACGCUGCUGGAUGCCAUCUCUGGCCGCAUUGGGAACACAGGCACCCUGCUGGGUGAGGUCUAUGUAAACGGAAGGAAACUGAAGCGCGAGGAGUUCCAGGACUGUUUCUCCUAUGUGCUUCAGAGUGACAACCUUCUGAGCUACCUAACAGUGGAGGAGACUCUAACCUUCACAGCACAGCUGGCCUUGAGACGACUCUCCGCUGAAGCAAUCCGCAAGAAGGUGGGGGUGGCGAUGGCAGAGCUCAGCCUGGGUCAUGUGGCCCACAGUGUCAUUGGGGGGCGCAUCUUCCCAGGGAUCUCUGGUGGAGAGAGGAGAAGGGUGUCCAUUGCUGCUCAGCUGCUCCAGGACCCCAAGGUCAUCCUGCUGGAUGAGCCAACCACAGGCCUGGACAGUAUGACAGCCAAUCAGAUUGUGGUGUUGCUGGCCGAGCUGGCCAGGAGAGACCGCAUCGUCAUAGUGACCAUCCACCAACCACGGUCUGAGCUCUUCACAGUGUUCAAUAGGAUAGCCAUCAUGAGCCGAGGGGAGCUGGUGUUCUGUGGUCAAUCCGGGGAGAUGGUGGACUUCUUCAGUGCCCAAGGCUACGAAUGUCCAGACUACUGCAAUCCCUUUGAUAUCUAUGUGGACCUGACUUCGGUGGACACGAGGUGCAGCGAGAGGGAGGCAGCCACCUACGAGCGGAUGCACGACAUCGCCUCGGCCUACCGCAACUCCGACAUCUACCGCUGCAUGAUCGACAGGAUCCAGCAGAGCUGCCAGCUGCCUGACAAGCCCUGCAUCCCCUUCAAGAGCAAGGAGUCGCCCAGCGGCAUGACCAAGCUGGGGGUCCUCCUCAGGAGGACUGUGAGGAACCUGUCCCGUGACCGUAUGGGAGUGCUGAUGCGCCUCUCCCAGAACCUGAUCUACGCGCUCUUUGUGGCCUUCUUCGUGAUGAAGCUGGACAACGACGUCACCAAGGGGGCGGUGCAGGACCGCAUCGGCAUCAUCUACCAAUCCAUGGGGGCGUCGCCCUACACCGGCAUGCUGAACGCCGUGGCCUUGUUUCCUGCUCUUAGAGCCAUUAGUGACCAGGAGAGUAAGGAUGGACUGUACCACAAGUGGCAGAUGUUCCUGGCCUACAUCCUCCACAUCCUGCCCUUCAGCAUCAUCAGUGUGUUUAUCUUCUCCUCCUUUCUCUACUGGACCGUGGGGAUGUACCCAGAGGUGUCACGCUUCCUUUGCUUCUCGGGGGUCAUCCUGGUCCCCCAUAUUGUGGGAGAGCUCCUUACCCUGGUGCUGCUGGGUGUGGUCCAGGACCCCAACAUGGUCAACACCGGGGUGGCCCUGCUGAACGUGGCUGGCAUCCUGGUGGGCUCGGGCUUUCUCAGGAGCACCCAGCAGAUGCCGGUAGUAUUCCAGCUGCUCAGCUACCUGACUUUCCAGAAGUACGGCUGUGAGCUCCUCAUCGUCACCGAGUUCUACGGCCUGAACUUCACCUGUGGUGGCUCUGGGAACAUCCCAGGAUCGUGCAUAAUAAGCGACGGGUCUGCCAUCAUCGAUCAGGGGUACCCAGGCGCCCUGUCCCGCUACACUCAGGACUUCAUAAUGCUCUACGCCUUCCUGCCCUCGCUGGUGCUGCUUGGCAUCGUCAGUUUCAAAAUCCGGGACCACCUCAUCCGCCGCUGACCGCUCCCCUCCGACACGGGGUGGGGUCAGGGUCUCACGAGACUCCGCCCAGCAGGAUGACUGUCGCCCAGUAACUAGAAGCCUGUAGCGGUUCGUUUUUCAAUGAAGUCUGACACUGAGGGGAAAUUCAAGCACUAAUACCAAGAUAGGACUGUGACCACGCACCUUAUUCACUGUGAGUCUUCAUUCGCUGAAGAGUGACUGGUAUUGUCCUCAUACAGCAAGGAGAGGAAUUUAAUUUUCUUGAAACAUAUUUUUGAAAUCAGUCCCAUAGCCUUUAUGGUUGAGAGGGCAAUUAAUACCACA